CUUCAUUACCCAAACCAACACAUAGCCAAAAAUGGACGGUCUCGACGAAUUUGAAAAAACUCUUGCUGCAGAGAAAGCCGAGAGGGAACGUUCCGACGGAAAGAGACAUCACAAACAUAAACAUCAUCAUCGACGAGAUCGAUCAACUGAACGCGAACAUGACCGCGAUAGCCACCACAGUCGUCGAAGAUCGCGUGAUCGUCGCGAAAAUGAGGACGAAGAUGGGCAUCGACAUAAGCGAUCUCGCCAUUCAAAAGAAGAUGAGCGCCAUAGCAGACGCAGACAUCAUAGAGAUGAUCGCGACGAUUCAGAUCGACGAGACCGCCAUAAAAAAACAUCCGAUCCUAAGGAAGACUUACCGUUACCCGACGAGGAACUAACUGCGGGAGACUUGGAGAAAGUAGAGGGAGCUACUUCAACACAAGUCCGGGACUCUUGGAUGACAGCCCCAUCUGCGCUUGAUGUUGAUUACACCCAGAAAGGCUCUAAAUCCUCCAAACCUCCCCCGCCUCCAAGUCAGGCGCCGCAGAGGGAGAUUCACAAGCGCGAGAUAAAUGCGGCUCAGUUACAGGAGUUGAACAGUGGAAAGACCAUUGACGAGAUCGAACUACCAGCGCAGCACGAAGUUAGCUACACAUUUGGCGACAGUGGAUCGCAAUGGAGAAUGACCAAGUUGAAUGGUGUCUACAAUACUGCGGAACAGACUGGGAAGCCUGUGGAUGAGAUCGCAUUAGAGCGGUAUGGCAGUUUACGAGACUUUGACGAUGCGCGUGAGGAGAAGAUUGAGAUAGACCGACGCAAAGUUUACGGCGAAGGCUACGUGGGCAAGGAGAAACCUAGUGGCGAACUAUUUCAGGAGAGGAAGCUGAACCAGGGCGUCCACGAAAAGCGACAAACUUCACCGGCACCGACAAAUCUAGACCAAGGUGCUGUUAUCCCUGAUGAUGCAUCGGCUCACGUGGCAACACAAAUCGACCAAACCACGCUAAACCGGCUGAAAGCUCAGAUGAUGAAGGCAAAGCUGAAGAAGGCCCCGGACGCAGCCAAACUAGAGGCAGAAUACAAUCAAGCAGCCGCAGCUUUUGCAUCAAAAGGCCCGGAGGCAGUUGUGCUCAACGUCAUGGAAAACCGUAUGUUGGCGGGAACUCGCGGAGAGGCCAAGGCCGUGGAGACGAAACGUGGUCGUGAAAGAGGACUGGUGGAGCAGAAUGAAGAUAUGUCGAUCGAGGACAUGGUCCGCGAAGAGCGGCGAACACGAGGCCAGGGAGAUGGCAUACGCCUAGCCGAGCGAAUUGCCAAGGAUGGCAAAUUCGACGACGACCUAGAAUACAUGGACGAAAACGCCGAGAAGCUGGCCAAGCGUGUGCAGAAAUCCGAGAUUAAUCUCAAGAAUCAGGCAGUGGGCGAAUUCCAGAAGAUCAACAAGAUCCUAGAUAACUGCCAGCUCUGUCAUCACGAAGACCGCAAUCAACCGCCGAUCGCACCUAUAGUCUCGUUAGCAACCCGGGUCUACUUAACACUACCCACGGAGCCCGAGUUAAACGAUGGUGGUGCCGUCAUCGUGCCUAUUCAGCAUCGAAACAAUCUGCUGGAGUGUGAUGAUGAUGAGUGGGAGGAGAUUCGCAAUUUCAUGAAGUGUCUGACUCGGAUGUACCACGAACAAGGCCGGGAGGUAGUCUUCUACGAAAAUGCGGCCGCUCCUCACAGACAUAUGCAUGCCGCUAUGCAAGCGGUACCCAUCCCCUAUGAUCAAGGAGAUACUGCUCCGGCUUUCUUCAAGGAGGCGAUGCUUACGGCGGACGAGGAGUGGUCGCAACACAAGAAGAUCAUCGACACGGGAAAGAAGGCACGAGAAGGACUAGGCAAACUCGCUUUCAGACGAUCUAUCGCCAAGGAGAUGCCUUACUUUCAUGCAUGGUUCACGCUGGAUGGAGGUCUAGGCCACGUAGUGGAAGAUUCGAAUCGGUGGCCCAGGGGUGACCUAUUCGCAAGGGAGAUUCUGGGUGGUAUGCUUGAUGUCGAACCAGAUGUCAUCAAGAAGCAAGGCCGAUGGCACAAAUCUGACACGCGGGUCGACGGCUUCAGAAAGCGCUGGAGGAAGUUUGACUGGACGAGAGUGCUUGCCGAUGGGUGAGGUCUCAUCUGGGAAUAUGCGUGUUUUCUACAUACCCUUAGAUACGUUGGAUGGUGUAUGAAGUGUUAUGAGACGGAGCACUGGGAAAAAGGUCUAGACCGUUACAAUACGGAACAAAGUGAGGCAGCAUGUAAGAAGUCGUAUAUAAUUGAGUCAGCUGCUUACCAUACCACGACCUCUAAAAAUCAUGUUACUUCAACGAGAACCCCUGCAUCUAAGUUGUCGUAGACUGUCUUGUGUCUUGGAUGCAUCUUUGACGU